CCCCCGCCCUCUCUGGCUUGUUCUGAUGAAAUAGAACGCAACGCUCUUGAGGGACGUGUGAAAUCUCUUUCCUAAGUGACCAAAACGAAUCGUUUGGUCCCGUCCAGAUACUUGCCUCUCAGAUCCUCGACCUGUCAAUCUCGUAAACCCUAAAUAUGUCUCUCAGAAUUUAAACUCAUUUCCGAUUUUGCCCCGGCUCUCAAGAAUUCACCCACCAUUAUCAUCAACUCCUAAAAACGCCGUGCUAAUACAACGCUGAACGCUGUUUUCCGUACAGAAACGGUAAUUCUGGAAAAGUCACUGUUUGGUUACGCGGAUUAGGAAAUGGUGGGAGGAGGGAGCAGGAGGGAGGAGUCGGCGGCGAUAAGCAGCACGAACGUGUUCGCGGCGCUGGGUAGCUUGAAGAAGAAGAAGAAGAGCAAAGGCUCGGCGUCCGAGAAGGAUUCGGAGAAGGAGAAGGAGGUGUUCUGGGCGCCGGCGAAGCUGACUGUGAAGUCGUGGGCCGAUGUGGACGACGACGACGAUGAUUACUACGCCACCGCGGCCCCGCCCGAGGCGGCCUGGACCGCCGCCGUGGAGUCGACGGCCGUGAAGGAGAGCGAGGCCGAGCCUGCCGAGGAGGAAAGUGAAAGUGAGGAAGAAGGUCUUGACGAAGUUGAUGAUGAUGCUGAGGAAGAACAUGAAAUUGAACCAGAGGCACCAGUAGAGACCGAGCCUGUUGUUAGGAAGCCUCCUGAAGCUUCCUUGGCUCCAAAAGAUACAGAAAGGCAGCUUUCUAAGAAGGAACUGAAGAAAAAAGGGCUUGAAGAACUUGACGCUGUUCUUGCUGAAUUAGGAUAUACCAACAGAGAAGACAGUGGCCGAGAUGAUACCCGUGGUAAUUUAGCAUGUGUUUCAUGUGUUGCACAAGAGAAGAAAACAGAGAGUCUAGAUGGAGAGCUAGAAAAGAAGGAAAAUACCACAGGGGAGAGCAAAAGUGCGAAAAAGAAGAAAAAGAAGGAUAAAUCUUCAAAGGAGCCAAAAGAUUCCCAGGACCAGCCCGAUGGCGCUGACACUGGAGAUGCAACUGAAGAAGCUGCCGGGAGUGAAAAGGUAGAAGAUAUAUCUUCUAUUGAUGUUAAAGAGCGGCUAAAGAAAGUGGCAUCUAUGAAGAAGAAAAAAUCAAGCAAAGAGAUGGAUGCUGCCGCCAGAGCCGCGGCUAGUGAGGCUGCUGCAAGAAGUGCAAAGCUCGCUGCAGCAAAGAAAAAAGAGAAGAAUUACUACAAUCAGCAGCCGGUUAGGUAAGCUGACUGAGAUCCAUGGUUUUUGUAAUUUCUUUUUCUUUUCUCAUAUAUGAACAUGUACCUUUUUUUAUUUGGUGAAUGCAAAAUAAACAUCGGGAACUGGUUUUGUGAAGUUGAGUUUCAUAAAGAAACUUCUAGUUUUACUUGA